UCUACGGGAGCUCUGCACAAGGUAGCAGAGCUCUCUUCACUCUGGACGAAUACGUGAACUUUCCACGGAUGUCUUCGCAGCUAAGCCACGUGACCGGCGCUAUGCACAACACGCACGAAGAAGAGAAGCUGAAGGUGAACAACCGAAAGAAGCCUAACCUAAUGAUGAUCAGGGGCACUCCCUUUGCGUCGUACUUCCAUCGCGAGUACAUCGAGUCUGCCAUGGACUACUUCCACCGCCAGGGCGACCUGUUUAUCGUAACCUACGUCAAGUGCGGUACUACGUGGAUGCAGCACAUCGUGUACCUUAUCCAAAACGACGGCGUGCCUCCGGCCAGUGCCGUAGAGUUCUACAAGGCUUCACCCUAUAUCGAGGUCUGUGGCGCUGACUGCGUGCAAUGGGUGAAGAGGCCCGGCGCCGUCAAAACCCACCUUCCGCUACAUCAAGUGCGCUACUCCCCCGAGGCGAAGUACAUCGUCGUUAUAAGAAACCCAUUCGACGUCUUGGUGUCCAUGCACCACUUCUUGUUCAUGAUAUCCGCUUACGAGUACGGAGGCAGCUUUGACGACUCCUUCGAGAACUUCAUGGACAAUUACAUAGAGUGCGGAGACUACUUUGCCUUUUACCGAGACUGGUACGAACGCAGCGCCGAUCCCAACGUGCUGUUCGUGGUCUACGAAGACGUCAAGAAAGAUCCGGAGGCAGCCAUACUUAAGGUGGCCAGAUUCCUCGGGCCCGAGUACGAGCAACGCCUGCUGGUCAACGACGGCAAGGUCCUCAAGGACGUGCUAAAGUACAGUAGCGUCGAGGAGAUGAAGACGUACACCAACGACAUGUUCCACGACUACUACGCGGCCGAAUUUGCCUUGAAGGGAGAGGCGUACGAAGGCCUGCGUAAGCUCCACGAAAUUGUGCACAACGCGCGCGAUCAAGAAGAUGGACACGGCGCAUGCGCGGACAAAGUCUACUACGUGCGCAAGGGCGUGGUCGGAGACUACAAGAACUGCUUCUCUCCCGAACAGGUGGAGAGGCUGAAGCGGAGAUUUCAAAAAGAAACGCAGGGCAGCGGAAUCGCUAACCUGUGACCGGAUAUGGGAUUCCAUGAAUGAGGGGAAUGUUCUGCGACCACAAAAAAAGUUGCUGUACACAUGCAAAAAACGCUUAUAAUGUUAUUAGGCUACUAUGUUAUUGUGUUUACCGUUUAUUGUUAUUGCUCUACAUAUUGUAUUUGCUAAUUUCGUAUUAAUUUUCCAUGUUGCGUACGUAUUCCUUUCAUUAUACCGAUGUUUCUUUUUCCCGUUUCCAUACUGAUAUGUUAACGUAUUUCCCCCUUAGACAAUACCUUCUCGAAGGCCUGUAAGGUACAUGUAAAUAAAUAA